CGGGCUUUCCCCUUUAACUUUCUCACUUUGCUGAUUUACUUCAAUGACGCGUCUAUCAGCUCAGCUCUUGCGCUACUUUCACAGCAAUGGACGACAAAACGCUGGUUCUUGAGGGUCUACCAGGGGAUUUAGACCUGGUGAGAACCAAACUAGAGCUUUAUUUUAAAAACAAGAGGAAAUCUGGCGGAGAGGUCAUGCACAUCCGAGCACAUCCCGAGGACAAGCGGAAAGCCCUGCUCACCUACCUCCAAGAAACAGAUUUAAACAAUGUCCUUAAACAAGGAACACACAAAAUUGAUUUCAAAGCCCAGGGAGUUGUUGAACUGACAGUGAAACCCUUGAAUGUCAAGAAACAAAAGGUGAAACCGCCUCUUUUACCAAGACCAAAGAUAGAAACUCUUGAACAAGUCAGAUCUUCGCAAGCCACUGCAGGUGGACAGACGUCUGGCUCUAAAGCUCAAAAAGGAAAUGAAGAGCACUCAAAAACCAAAGACCUGCUUAUCAGCACCAUGGAGUCAGUUGAUAAAGAUAUUCUUACAUUGUACUUUGAACAGUUUACAGAGAAGGCUGAAAUCAAAAAAUAUGGAAAAAACAAGUGGAUCCUAAAAGUAGCCAAUCAGUCAGAUUUAUUGACUAUUCUGGGCCAGAAGAAACAUGAAUUCGGGCUGAAGGUGGAGUUGUGUAAUGAAGCAUGUGUUUCAGAGCAGUGGGACCCUCUGCGCUUCAUCCUAACUGGGUUUAAAGACAGCUGCAAAUGCAAAUUAAUUACCAUGUUCAUUGGGAGCUGCAGUCAAAAGGCAGCACACACCUGGGAGAUAGUAGAUGAUGAGAGAAUUGUGGUCACGUUCAAGGAAGACAUAGAUUCAAAAUCUUUCAUUGAGAAGUGUGCAGCCAAAAACCUGAAUGGCAUGGAGAUUGAAGCCACUCACUUAGAGUUCACAGAUUCAGUUCUGGUACAGGGGGAUAUGAGCAAACUUACAGAAGAAGCUCUUACCUUCUACUUUGAAAACAACAAAAAGAGUGGUGGAGGUGACAUCAAGUCUUUAAUCUGGGUCAACAAACAAAAGAGUGUGGUCAUAUCCUUUCAAGACUGUCAUGUGGCACAAGAAGUGGUGAUGCAGAAACAUCAUCUUUGUGGCACAGACCUUAGCACUUCACUUUUUUACUCGAGUCUUCAGAAGGCUUUGACAGGAGAAAUGCCAGUGUGGUCCAAUAUAUCCACUAAUAUGAUUAUUCCUGUUGAUAAGGCAGUCAGAAGUUUCAUUGAAAAAAACAAAAAGUGCAAAAAUGAUUUUGAGAGUCAACUAAGGGUAGUUCAUGCUAAUGUAAUUUUUGACAAGACCACAUCCCCUGGAGAGAUUGCACUUGAGAUGGCUAUGGACAAAGAGUCUUUAGCUGCUGUUCGACUAGGAGCAACUUGGGAAAGUAAAGCCCAAAGAGAAGCACAAACCCUUCUGAGUAGCUACAGCACAGCUGAGUUGCCAGUUGAAGUCGAGACCUGGAAAAGGGUAGAGCGUGAUUGCCUUGAAUUUGUCAAUUCUGAUGUUGAGGUCACCUAUAUGGAAACCAAAAUUGCAAUAGUUGGCCUAAAAACAGAAGUCACUACCGUCUUGGACAAGAUUCAGAACCUUCUUAAGGACGCAACUGCAGAAUUAGAAGUGGAAAGGAACACUGUUGAAAAAGUGAUUCGGUUUGAAUCAAAAGAGACACUAGAGUUGGUAGAAAAACGUGUACAUGCCAAACUUCAAAAUGUAACAUUAAAAAAAAAUGAAACUAACCUGACUUUUCGCCUGCAAGGUUUGAGGGACUGUGUAAGUACUGCUGAAAGGGUCAUCAAGCAAGCACAGGAGAAUGUUAUCUUUCAACAGCUGAACAUCUCGGCCCAUUUGCUUCAGUUUCUGAAGUCUUUGGAUCUAAAGAAAUUUGAACAAAACCAUUUUGUAACAAGACAUAUACCAGCUUUAUUUCAAAAUGAUGGAGUGGUUCUUGGGAUUGUUGCAGAGAAAGAAUACAUCAAAGCAGCCGAAGACAAAGUAAAAAAGAUCCUACAAGAGGAGGUCAUUCAUCUUACUCCUGAUGCAAGCACAGUAACUAACUCUGAAAACUGGGUGAACUUUUUGAACCAAAUUAAAGUGGAUUUAAGUCAUGAUUCACAGAAUGUUAACAUCAUACCUUCAGAGGCACAGAUUUUAAUCUGCGGAUUUGCUCAAGUGGUGGCAAAUCUUUCAAAAAAGGUCAAGGAUUAUCUGGAGAACAAGACACCAGCAACUGAAUAUAUCCAUCUAAAAUCUUUUCAGGAGUUGGGGUUUGUUGACUCUUGCCUGAAAUUGUCAGAAAUUCCAGAAAUCCGAAAACUUGGCAUAACCAUUCGAUGUUGCAGAACAAUGAAUUCUCCAUGUCUGAAGGUUACAACAUCAAAAGAAAAACUCCAGGAUGUAGUAACUGUUGUGAAAAGGCAUAUAUCCUCCAUUUUCACUGAGAAGAAAACUUAUUCCAAAGCAGGAGAAUCUAAGGUCAUACUCAAGCAUGAAGCCAACAUUCAGGCCAAAGCCAAGGAGUGGUGUUGCAAGGCUUACAUUUCAACUCACAAGACUGGCCCUUCAAGAAGAUACAGCCACCAAGUAAAUAGUUCCAUCACUUUAACAGUUACAGAGGGUGAUCUGCAGCACUUUCCAGCUGAUGCUUUGAUUUGUCCUAUGAGUAGCAAACUAGCUUUUGACAAUCCUGUUGCUCAAAGGUUUCUUCAAGUCGCAGGUUCGGAUAUUCAAGCAGUGUGCAGCAGACUCCAGAAAGAAAAGCAAACUUUACUUGCUGGGGAAGUGGUCCUCAGUGACCCAGGAAAUCUCAAUGCCAACAGCCUUAUUUAUACUGUGUUGCCCCAGAGUGGUCAACAGUUCACUUUGGAAUCUCAUUAUCUGAAAUCAGCUAUUCUUAAUAGCCUCCAGAAAGCAGAAUCUAGAAAUGAUACUUCUAUUGCAAUGUCGGCAAUAGGAUGUGAAACUUUCGGGUUCUCCACCAAAGAAAGUUGCAUGGCAAUCAGAGAAGCAGUACUGCAGUUCAGUAAUGAUCAACAAAAUUCCCCAAAGAGUAUAAAGAACAUAUUUGUGGUAGAUUCUGAUGUGAAGAUACUGGAGGAGUUCAACAACAUCAUUGCUCAACUGGGUUUUUCUAAUACAAAAGCAUCUGUCACUCCAACAAACACUACCACUCAAGACCAACCAAAAUCUCUAAAUCUGAAACAAGCAUCAGACACAGAAGUAAUUGUUCAUGGAGUGGUAGUGUCUCUCAAAAAAGGUGAUAUCACCAAUGAAACAGUGGAUGUCAUUGUUAAUUCCAACAACAAAGCCUUGGAUCUUGACACAGGUGUGUCUGGUGCAAUUUUGAGGGCAGCUGGAAAAUCAGUUGUCAAAGAAUGCAAAAAUCAUGGUCAUCAGAAACAGAAUGGAGUGGUAUUGACAAGCGGAGGUAAACUUUCAUGUAAGCAUAUUGCUCAGAUGGUUGGGCCCAAUAAUGCUGCUGAUAUUACUACCUCUGUGGAGAAAGUACUGAAACUCUGUGAAACUACAAUGGCUGCCACAGUAGCCAUCCCUGCAAUUGGCACAGGGAGAGGUGGUAUUGGAGCAAAUGACUCCAUCAAGGCUAUUUUGGCUGGAGUGGAAAACCAUUUGACUCAGUCAACAUCAUCCAGCCUCCAGAAAAUAACUGUGCUGGUAAUUGACCAGAAGGUUUUAGACGCAUACUGCAACUAUUUCAAGGAGAGGAACAGCAAGACUGCACCUACCAGUACGCCUGCAAAUAAAGUCAAAAUUGCAGGUGUGUGGAUUGAGAUAAAGAAGGGGAACAUCACCAACGAAUCUGUCCGUUGUAUUGUCAACACCACCAAUGACCGAAUGAACUUGACAGUAGGAGUCUCAGGGGCCAUUUUCAGAGCUGCUGGACCCUCUGUUCAACAGGAAUGUCACAAACAUGGUCCACUUCAGGGUGAUACAGCUGCAGUGACCAGUGGUGGAAAUUUGCAAUGUGAUUUCAUCAUUCACAUGAAGGGACCCCACUCCAUUGCAGAGGCAAAGUUACGGGUAAAGAAAGUAUUGGAGAGAUGUGAGGAGAUGCAGAUCAGCACCAUUUCCUUCCCUGCUGUUGGCACCGGUGGAGGUGGUAUUAAUAAUGUGGAUGCCAUUACUGGUAUGCUACAAGGCUUUCAUGACCACUUGUCUCAACGUUCCUCCACUGCCAUUAAACUCAUUUAUGUUGUCAUUGACCGAGAUGAAGUUCUGAAAGAUUUUCAGCAAGGGCUGAAUCAAUGGACUGCAAACUCCCAGCAGAACAUUGACUACGCUGAAAUAUAUGAGGAUGAAGAUGAUGAAUAUUAUUAUGGCUCAGAAGAUAGUUUGUCCUCGGAAGAAGAGGAUGACUUUAGUGGAAACAGCUUCGAAGCAAACAUUGGCACAAUCAAAGUUAAAGUGUUUUGUGGUGACAUCACGAAAGAGACGACAGACGCAAUAGUCAGCAGCACUAAUACCAGCCUUAAUCUAAGCUCAGGUGUAUCAGGAGCUAUUCUCAAAGCAGCCGGAAAGACUGUUGUGGAUGAGUGCACAAAAUUAGGUGUUCAACCCGGUGAUGGCGUGGUUCUCACAACAGCUGGAAAACUUCCAGUUAAGCACAUUGUCCAUAUGGUUGGUCAGACCAAGGAGAAAGAGAUCACAAACUGCAUGUAUAAAGUUCUGAAGAAGUGUGAGGAAAACAAGAUUCAGUCUGUUUCAUUCCCUGCUCUUGGAACUGGAGCAGGAAACCUGGCAGCAGCUCAAGUAGCAAAUGCCAUGAUGGAUGCGCUGGCAAAUAUUUCUAUUGACUCACCAGUAUUUUUAAAAACCGUCCAUAUUGUGAUUUUCCAAAGUACAAUGUUAUCAGACUUUGAGGAUGCCAUGAAGAAGUUCAAAAGGAUUUCUCGAAAACCCUCUGCAGUAACUGUCCCCAAUCCAACUCAGCAAACAUCAGAUUCGUCCAAGUCAAAAUUGUGUCUCGCUACUGAAACAGCUGCAGUGACUUUCCCAGUCACAAAUGUAGAGGUAUAUGGAACAUCUUCUACUGACAUUGCAAAGGUCAUAAAGUUACUGGAUGAUCUAGUUUCAGAAGAAUGUACUAGCAUGGAUGUUCAGUCCAGCCAUCUAGCCAACUUUCCUGAAGCUGACAACAAGGCGAUUGUGGAGCUCAGCCAAAACAACCAAGUGCAUGUUCUUGUGGCUGCAGCGGACAAAUUGAUUGUGUCAGGGAAGAAGGAUGAUGUUUUAGACACUGUUCUAAACAUCAACAAGUUCCUCCAGGCGGCCCGGGACAGGGAAUUCCGAGAAGGUGAAGAAAGGAGGCUGAGCAAAACAUUGCGCUGGGAGGUAGCAGAAGAAGAGACUUGGCUGCCACUGAACUCCAGCAUUAGCUAUGAACUGGAGUUAGCUUUUCACAAGAAAGAUGAAAAAUUCAGCUACCAGGAGAAUGGGGAAACCUUUACAGUGGAUUUCAAGGAGAUGAAACGGGUAAACACCAAGGGGAAGACCUGUAAAGUCAAGAGAUCCCUGUUUGCUGACUCAGACACGGCUAUCAUUCAACCUCCACCAACCUGGACCAAAAUGGAUGGAAGUGAUCUGGAAAUAGUUGUUCUGUCUCCAAAUUCAGAAGAAUACAAGAAGUUGGAGAAUGACUUUUUACGCUCAAGCCAACAUGAUGACAUAGCUCCUGUCCAAGUGGUGCAGAUCCGCAGAAUUCAGAGUCAGCCGCAAUGGCAAAGAUACUUUGUGUUGAAGCAAGCGGUGGACAAAAAAUACCCCAAGCAGAAAAACGAGCAGAUUCUCUAUCAUGGCACUACCAAAGACAUUUGUCAGAAAAUCAAUAGGAAUGGCUUCAACAGGAGCUUCUGUGGGAGAAAUGCUGUCGCUCAUGGUGAUGGCACGUACUUCGCCAAAGAAGCUUGGUACUCCUGCUAUGACCAGUAUUCAAACCCAGAUGAGAAUGGACUGAAGUAUAUCUACAGGGCUAGAGUCGUGACCGGGUCACCAUGUAAAAGUCGAAAAGGAAUGAAGGAGCCAGACCCUCUGAACCCAAAAGAUCCCCGUGCUGGGCUACAUGACUGUGCUGUGGACGAUUUGCAAAACCCAUUCAUCUUCGUUGUGUUCUGUGAUGCAGGGGCGUACCCUGACUAUCUCAUCAGCUUUAAGAAUGCCUGACCAUAUAUUUGGGUACUUUUAGCACUUUUUCUAACAAAGGACAUCCUUUGUAAGUAGUCACUAACCUUUAUCCAGCAAUGAUGUGCAAAUUUAAAAAAAAAAAAAAAAAAAAAAAAACACUGGAAAAGAUAUGUGCUGAAGUUUUUAUGCUAGGUUUAUAAUGACAGUGUAAGCAAUAAUUCAAAUUCAUUCAAUUUCCAGAAAUCAUGUUGUGCCUUAUCAGUUGUCUCCUCAUGCAUUAGUUCAGGUUCUGUUGUUUACUCUUUGAAAUACUCAGGUUUGGACAUAAGGUAAAUAAAUACAAAGAAAAAUAAAAAAAAUACCUGAUACAUUGUGAUUGUGUACCUUAAAUGCAGCAAUGUAAGUCAUUUAGAGAACUUAAGAACGUGGUCAGAUGUCCACAAACAUUUCGCCAUAUAGUGUAUUUUACGAAAUAGAGUACCAACGCCCAUAUGUGUUCCUUCCCCAAACUGUUGCCACAAAGCUGGAAGCACACAAUCGUAUAGGAUGUCUUUGUAUGCUAUAGCUUUACAAUUUCCCUUCACUGGAACUAAGAGGCCCAAACCUGUUCCAGCAUGACGAUGCCCCUGUGCACAAAGCGAGCUCCAUGAAGACAUGGUGUGUGAAGGUUGGAGUGGAAGAACUCGAGUGUCCUGCACAGAGCCCUGACCUCAACCCCACUGAACACCUUUGGGAUGAACUGGAACACCAACUGAACCCCAGACCUCCUCACCAACAUCAGUGUCUGAUCUCACUAAUGCUCUUGUAGCUGAAUGAUCACAAAUCCCCACAGCCACGCUCCAACAUCUAGUGGAAAGCCUUCCCAGAAGAGUGGAGCUUAUUAUAACAGUAGGAAGGAGACUAAAUCUGGAAUGGGAUGUUCAACAAGCACAUAUGAGUGUGAUGGUCAGGUGUCCACAUACUUUUGGUCAUAUAUUGUAAAUUUGACAAGGCCAUUGAGUAGCCUAUUUUCAUUCAGAGUGCACUCUAUUCACAGGGUUAUAUACAUGCAUCAAACAGUUUUAUUUUCCUGAUAUUUCCUGGUAUACAGCCUACCACUCCUCAUAUGAUUAUGGCAUAGUGGCACAAGGCUUAUGAUGAACACUAGAGUAACUCAGUACCCUGACUAUACCACCUUGGGACUAUACCCAAGGAAAUGAACUGUCUAUUGACUCUGAAUGUAUUUGAUAAGACAGUAAUGAAACCAUGUGCUUUUCACUCUUCACUACUGUGAUUUUUAUUGGAUUAAAGUGCACUAACAUCAGGCAGGCCUUCAAAUACAGCAUUAGGAACUCAUGCCAUAAUUUAGUUAUUAAAUUAAAUUAAAUUAAAUACAAGAGCAUUUGUAGUGAUUGUUUGAGAAUCCCUAUUAGCUUGAGAUAACAAACACAAAAAAAUAAAUAAAUAAAAUAAAAGACAGUGUCAUGUAUCAGGAGCAGAGGUUUUAUUGUGGCAGGAUCUAAACUUUCAACAAGUUCUAACUUUCAGACAAAAAUAAUAAAUCAAAAGCCUUAAGCUUUGUGGGAAAAAGAAAAAGAAAAAAAAAACCUAUGACAUUACAUACAGUAGGUGGUCCAUAAAAAUUGGCAAGCUGAUCACAGGGUAUAGCAUUCACUACACAUUUUAUGUACCUCAGGGAAAUCUCAGGGUUUAAAUUCGAAGAUUAAGGUACUUUCAAUGAGUCAAGUCAUUUCAGUUGAAUGAUUCAUUCACAUUUGCCCAAAUGUGCAGUGAGAUCAGGUGGCCAACAAACAGCUUGAGUAAAAUAGCCAAUGAUUGUUGCUAUUUGUGUUAAUUUAUAAUGUUCUGAUAUGACUGUGUGUAGAAGAAUUACUUUCACACCCACCCCAAACACUGGAAAUCUCCAGCUGACCAAAUGAUUCAGACUCAUUAAACUCAUUGACUCAUCUGAUUCACUGAA